ACACAAUGACAUAGUUAAUUCACCAACGGAAUUUGUUGCCAUAGCUCCAGCGAGGGACAGGGUAGAUUAAACAAUGGCCUUUUUCACGACUGCAGCUUUCACCACAACCUGACUGUCCACGCACAACAGGCCAUCAUAGCUCCAGUUCAGAGCACAGCGAUUGUCAAUGAACAAACAGCAGCCCAGAGGGGACAAGAGGAGGCUUGUGGUAAAUCAAGCAACAGCCCCGAGCAACUUGAAUCUCUGCUUAUCCAAUAACUGGAACAUGUAGCUCCUCCGACCUUAUCUUUAAGGGCUGGGCAUAGAGAGCUGGCUUGACUUUCUCUCAAGCUCUCUGGUUACUUUGAAGGAACGAAAAUUUCCCCCUGCCACUCAGAACUCCAAAGGGAAGAGGAACCGAGAGAAGAGGGAAAGACGGUCAGGAGAAGAUAUGGUAGGUCACCAGGAGUGCACCAUGGAAGAGGACACCAGGGACAAAUGCACUCCCAAAGUCUCGCGCAAGACCCUGACUGCACCUGCCCCAUUUGCAGAUGAAACUAGCUGCCAAUGCCAAGCGCCCCAUGAGAAACUGACCAUUGCUCAGGCCCGCUUAGGAACACCAGUUGACAGGCCUGUCCGAGUGUAUGCAGAUGGAAUAUUUGACCUCUUCCACUCAGGUCAUGCGAGGGCACUUAUGCAAGCAAAAACACUGUUUCCCAACAGCUACUUGUUGGUAGGAGUUUGCAGUGAUGAUCUCACCCACAAAUUCAAAGGUUUCACCGUGAUGAAUGAAGCAGAGAGAUACGAGGCUCUCAGACACUGUCGCUAUGUGGAUGAAGUAAUCAGAGAUGCUCCGUGGACACUGACUCCAGAGUUUCUGGAAAAACACAAGAUUGACUUUGUGGCUCAUGAUGACAUUCCGUAUUCUUCUGCUGGCUCUGAUGAUGUCUACAAGCAUAUAAAGGAAGCAGGGAUGUUUGUUCCAACGCAGAGAACAGAAGGCAUCUCAACAUCAGAUAUUAUCACCAGAAUUGUCCGUGACUAUGAUGUUUAUGCUCGGCGCAACCUCCAGAGAGGGUACACAGCCAAGGAACUGAAUGUCAGCUUUAUAAAUGAGAAGAAGUACCGUUUCCAGAACCAGGUAGACAAGAUGAAGGAAAAGGUCAAGAACGUGGAGGAAAGAUCAAAGGAAUUUGUGAACAGGGUGGAAGAAAAGAGUCACGAUCUAAUUCAAAAGUGGGAAGAGAAGUCAAGGGAAUUCAUUGGCAACUUUCUAGAACUGUUUGGGCCUGAUGGAGCAUGGAAGCAGAUGUUCCAGGAGAGGAGCAGCCGGAUGCUGCAGGCCUUAUCCCCGAAGCAGAGCCCCGUGAGCAGCCCGACCAGGAGCCGGUCCCCUUCCCGCUCCCCGUCGCCCACUUUCUCGUGGCUUCCGAUCAAAACCUCACCCCCCUCCUCGCCCAAAGCAGCCUCAGCCUCCAUCAGCAGCAUGAGUGAGGGGGAUGAGGACGAGAAGUAAAGGCUGCUGGCAGACAGAAGCCGCACCACACAGGAGGGGAGGAGGGCGGGUCACGGGGCAUGCCUGAGUGGUGUUCGAACGGUGAUGGUCACAGGAGCUGCAGCUCAACAGGGAGACCCUGGACUCUGCUAAGGGAAGGUCUUGGGACCAGGUCUCCCUCAACCUCCACACAGCCCAAGGUUUGGGCUCAGUACGGAGGUUUCCAGCCAGACAAGCUACACAAACCUUCUUAGCAUCAUCUAGAAUCACUGUACUUUAACCUUGCUAAGGAAAAGAUGCAGAGUGCCCCUCGGGGACUUGCACUGAGUGGGGCGUCCUGCUUUGGUCCUUAUACCCGCCCCCACCAAGUAAACCACCUGUGGACGCGGCUGUUCCCUCAACUUGCUACUUUGGCUCCAUAAGGGCCCUGCACGUUGCCUCGUACCACCCAAGCUCUGCCAGAAUAAAGUUCUUUCCGAUA